AUGUCGCUGUUCAAGAAGCCAGGCAAUUGGUUUUUCAUCGUGCCAUGGGUUGCUUUCAUCCCGUGGUGGGGCAUGCUGGUGGCGAUGCUGGCGUGCUGGGCCGGGCAAGGCCACCCGAUCUACUGGUUCAUGCACACGUCGCAGUUCCCCGUGUACAUCUCGGACAUCGGGGCGACGAACCUGCGGCCGCUGUUCAUCUCGUGCGCCGGGUGGCAGGGCCUGGGCUACUGCGUGUCGCUCGCGUGCGAGUACUUCCAGCGCAGCGGGCGGUGGCCGUUCCAGCGGCGCGCGCUGAGCCACGAGUCGGUCGCGGACCGCGGGUCGACCAGCGCGUCGCAGGACUCCAUCAAGUCCAGCUACGGCGACAUGCUGCGCUCGGCGCGCUUCCUGAUGCCCCCCUACUACACGCGCCACGAGCGCAACUGCAUCUUCGCCAGCUUCGUGCUGGGCGCCAUGGGCGAGGUGUGCCUGCUGAUGUGCUCGAUUUUCUCGACCGCCCACUACCACCGCGUGCACAUCACCAUGGUCGGCCUUUUCUGCGCCUUCAUGUUCCUGUCCGUGUGUUGCAACGUGGCUGAGUACUUCAUGAUGGGCCGGCACUACGCCCAGCUGCACCCGCUCGCCAGCCCGGAGGACAAGCUGCAGGAAACCUCCUGGAACCACUGGGUCGGGUACAAGUUCAACAAGUACACCAUCAGCGCCAUCGCGAAGGUCGUGUGGCUGGCCAGCGCGCUCGCGUGGGCCAUCGCCUUCGGUGCUAUCGACGACGGCUCCAAGAGCGCGUGCUUCGAGUGGCUCCUGGCCUUCUGGUUCGGUCUCUUGUUCAUCAUCAUAUCCGUCGACUUCUACCUUGGCGGGCGCUACAAGUACUCGAAGUACUUCCACCAGGUCACCUCCUUCCAGGGGUACUAUAAGUACGAUCGCCUGCUGCCCACCCCUCGUUACGACACUUUGUAA